CCCGAGGUCGUCCCUAAUUACGCGAUUAUAUUCAUCUGAGUUGUUAAUUUCGUGAAAUUUUUUAAUUGGAGCGCCCCCUCGUGGCAUUGUGCGUACCACCCAUUUUGUUAAAACCGCAAGCGCUUUGUCAAUUCCUCCAGUACCAAUUUUGACAACAAUUUGUUUACACUUUGACUGUCCAGAUUGGGGUGGCCCCCGGCACAGUUCACUUAGUAACAAACUACCGCUCUAAAUCAAUAGCAAAAAAGCCGGUGGGUGGUUCCGAACAUCAACCAAUCCCAGCCUCAAAAUGAAGGACGUCAUCGAUGUUAUGGAACUGCAACGCGAGCGCAACAAACGCAUCACCCCCGUAGACUACAGAAACCUCGACUUCAACGGCGGCUUCACCCCAGCUCGGUUCAUAUUCGAAUGCGGCAUGAAACUGCAAGGCCAACCUUUAACCCUAGCCACUGCUGCCAUCUUAAUGCACAAAUUUUUCAAAGAAGUCGAGCAGUCAAAAUACGACUGUUUUUUAAUCGCCGCGUCUACGCUGUAUCUCGCCGGGAAAGUGAAAGAUGACCCUCUCAAGAUCAGGGAUAUCAUCAACGUGGCGCACAACACCCUCCAUCGGGGCAGCAGCCCCCUCGAAAUCGGGGACGAGUACUGGAGCAUGCGCGACGCGAUCGUGCAAGCGGAACUCCUGAUUAUGAGGGUGCUGAAGUUCGAAGUGUCGAUCACGCACCCCCAUAAGUACAUGUUGCACUAUUUGAGGUCGAUGGAGGCUUGGUUGGGGAAGGACACGUGGGGGCAGGUACCGAUAGCGAGGACUUCAGCGGCGUUUCUGCAGGACUUCCACCACGACCCUAGCAUUCUGGAUUAUCAGCCGCAGCACGUCGCGGUCGCUUGUAUAUCGCUGGCGUUGCAGUGUUAUGGGGUGAGGUUGCCGCUGAUCGAGGAUAAGGACGACGAGACGUGGUAUUCGGUGUUUGUUAAGGAUCUGCAGAAGGACAAGCACUGGGAAAUUAUGGAGAAAAUCAUGGACACCUACAACAGGGAGCCUGAGACUGCUUAAUUAAGUAUUCUUUUACAUUCUGAUUGUGUAAUACAUCAUACUAAUAGUAAGUUUUAUGGUUUGAUACAUGCAUUAAUUUUGUAAUAAAGAUGAAUGAAAUUGGA